AUGGGAGUGAGGGUGAAGUAUAACCUGCACCCACCUGGAAGAGUUGUGACUCUGGUUGAAGAUGCUGAGGGGUGCGUGUGGGGCGUCGCCUACCGGCUGCCGGCGGGGCAGGAGGGCGAGGUGAUGGCACACCUGGACUUCAGGGAGAAGGGGGGCUACAGGACCACGAGCGUCAUCUUCUACCCCAAGGACUCGUCGGUGCAGCCCUUCGAGGUGCAGCUCUACAUCGGCACCCGCGACAACCCCAACUACCUGGGCCCCGCGCCGCUGGAGGACAUCGCGCGGCAGAUCCUGGGCGCCGCCGGGCCCAGCGGCCGCAACACCGAGUACCUCUUCGAGCUGGCCAACUCCAUCCGCAGCCUCGUCCCCGAGGACGUGGACGAGCACCUCUUCUCCCUGGAGACGCUGGUCAAGGAGCUCUUGAAAAAGCACCAGCCCCCCAAUUGUCUAUAAAGCCACGUCCUGCUCUCUCCAACGACCUGGUUCCGUCCCGCUCUCUCUAACGACCUGGUCCCGUCUCCAGAGGAGUUUUUGUGGCUCUGGUAACUGGGAGGAGCGUUUCUCUGUGCUGUGCUACCUUAAUUAGCGGUGCAUAUCUUUAAUUAACGCUGCGUUCAGAAUAGGAGUCGGUCAUUAAAAUUACCAGAAUCGUUCAUUUCAGCAGGGAAAAGGUUUUAGGUGUGGUUUUGGUAGCUUAGCCUUUCAUCCAAAGACUACACCUGCAUGGGAAUCUCACUAAGCUUCUCUUUGUUUAAAGAUAUAUUUUUUUUUUUAAUUAUUAUUUCAGGUCUAGCAUUAAAUCUUUAGAUUGUUUUUAAAUAGCGUAUUCUAAAUAGCUUAUUUUUAAAAUCAGCAUUCAGAGACAAGUCCCAGAGAUCUAACUGGUGGUUUCUUGUGAUUCAAGACCACAGUGCUACUACAGAGAGAAAUUUUGCACAGUGGAGCAUUUAUAUCAAUGUUCAGCUGCUCUGAAAUGAAGUUAUUCCACUAAAUUAGUCAUCUUGCCCUUUAUGUAUUAAUUUAUCCUUAAAUGCAGAGGAUAAACCUCUUUAUUGUCAAGGAAAUAAUUCCUUUUAUUGUCAAGUCCUGACUUGGAGUCAAACGAGCCAUAACCUCUCAGUGCCUCGCUUUUUAAGCCUAAUAUAAAGAAUAAAUCCCAAAUGGUAAAAUUAACUAAGAACAGGACUUGAAGUCACAACCCAGCAAGAAGAGAAACUCUCACGUCUGUUACUUUUAAACGCUGUUGUUGUUCUCUUAAAAAAUCCACCCAGCUCCGAGGACAGAUUUUUAAGCCUGUUUUCAGGGAUUCACUGACAGGAGGUAAUGAAGGAAGGAACCCUCUUUUCAGUGACAUCCCAAGAGGGUUGGGGAGCCCCCAGUUUAGGCCAGUCGGCUUCCUGACUCAACCCAUCAGCACAUGGAAUUUCCGUCCCAACGCGGAUCUGUCUCGCUCCUCAAAAAUUUACUUUUAUUAACUUAUAACAAAGUAUAUUUUUAUAUCUUAACGUAAAUGGUCCUGUUUCAACCACCAGGUAACGUCUGUUCUCUCAGCCAGGGAAUGUGUUUUUAGUGGCUGCUUGGAGGCCUGGAUUCUGCACCAGUAAUUGCAAGAAAUGUCUCUUUUCUCCUAAAAAGGUCACCCCUUUCUCUUCUUUGCAUCUUCCUGGUUUAGACUUGUGAAAGUAAAACCACGUGCAACGGCAUGAACACUGUCUGCUCUCUUAAAAAUUCUUUCUAAAUUUAAAAAUUCUUUCCUCGAAGACUGAGCCUUGUUCCUUAAAACAGGGCAGGGGGGUGCUCUGUGCUCACUAAUGAUCCCAAACCAUCAAGGAUGAUUCUCUCUCUAAAACUCUCACUGUUUAAGCACUGUGAUUCUGUGUAGCUCCACAUGUUCUGUCUUUAAUUGUCUUCAAGGCUUUGUUGGUUCAUUUGCUUCCCAAAUCCAUAAAACGUGGCAAUAAUACACAUUGUAUGUGUACAACUCCAGUGCAAUAAAAAUGCAUCGCGUUGACUAACA